AUGUCGCAACAAACACUAAUAAAAUCUCAAUCACGCGUUCCUACUCUACCAUCCGAAUGCAUCACAGAAAUAUUAAAAAGCGUUCCAUCCAAAGACAUCUCUACACUAUUUACCUGUCUAUUAAUAAACCGACAAUGGUAUCUAAACACAAUUCGUAUACUGUGGAAAGAUCCCUUCGGUUUAUUACUAGCGAAAAGAGGACAAACCACCGCGUCGGUGGAAAAUUGGCGCUUACGCGUCGCAUCCUUACUUGACACAUAUCUAUUAUUUCUCGAACAGGAAGAUCAUCAAACACUCGAACAACAGGAAAUAAUUCUGCCAAAGCGAAGUUCUUCGAACAGUAAUGUCGAUUAUGUGGGAAUCAUGCAAAAUAUUAACGUUGAUCAGAUUUUGGAUGGAGUUCAUUGCUGUUCUACACGUAAGGUGGAGAAACGAAGAAGCGGUGGAAGUGAUGGCAAUGGUGAAUAUCCUGCGUAUUUUGAUCGGCUUGCAUCCGAACAUUUAAUAACACAAAUGAUACUAAAAUUAUUUGUUAGAAAAUGCGAGUCAUUAAAAGUUUUCGGGAUAGAAAAUAUACGAGACAACUUCUCGUUAAACACAGUACUCGUACAUCCAAAUUCGUCGGCCAAUCUCGCAAAUCUAGUAGAAUUCACUUGUGUAUCAACGGUACCCGGAAUCAGUGAUAUUUUAAGUAGUCUCGCUCAAAUUUCUCGUCGUCUCAAAAAAAUCAAAAUCUGGCAAUAUCCAGUAUUCACCUCGAGAGUCCAUUCGGAAAAUCUACAACUCGCGAGUUUAAUCGAAUUAAUAACAGCGCAAAAAAGACUCGAAGAAUUAGAUUUGGGUUAUUUACAUCCGAAUAUGGAUUUAAAUACGAUUUGUGACGCAAUUGCUUCCCAAUCGAAAACAUUUCGUCGACUUUCACUCACCUGUGUUUCAACAUCCAGAUGGACAAGUCUAGCUGGUUUAUCAGUUUGUGAAAAUUUUCAAUCUUUUGAAGCGCAUAAAUGCAAAGGCGUAUUCACACCUGAAUGGGCUGAAGAAAUCACAUCGCUGACAUUUCCUCGUAUAAAAUGUUUAAAUAUUUCAACCAAUUUUCCCUACGAGACAUUCAAAGAAAUUCUUUGUCAAUCCAAUAAAAACAUAGAAACCAUUAUAAUUGGUCAUACGGCAUUCAAGUCGACAGAAGAGACACGUGAUGCGUUAUCAACAAUUGCGGACAAUUGUCCAAACUUGCAAAAUCUUCAAGCAUAUUUCUUAAUAAAUGAGCUGGAGUGUGUGACAAAUUUAUUUGAUUUUUGUCCGAAUUUAAAACGACUGAAUCUUCUUGGAUCACUAAUCUCUCAACAGCAAAAACAACUUCUUACUCAACUAUAUCAAUUGAUGGCCACAUCGGAGCAUUUACAGAAACUUGAAAAUCUCCGAUUAAAAGUCUCGGUUCCAUUUGAUCCUGCUAUUUUCAAUUCAUUACUGAAAACUAUACCUGACACCGCGAAAGUGGAAAUUUAUGAUUGUACAUGUUACGGCGGCAACCAUUUAGAUGUGAUGGUUGAGUGUAUGGCUAGCAAACUACGAUCGAUACAUUUCCAGAUACAUGAGGGACCAAUUAAACUAUGGGAAAAAAGGCGAAUAGGGGCUAAUCGUGCAAAAUGUCAUAGAGAAAAAAUGGUUUCAUAG